AUGAUUAGUGUUUGUGCUUCAUCUCUGACAGAUGAAACUGAGGAAUUAUCGGCAGAUGAAGUCAUUGUCACAUAUUCUGCAUCCAUAACAAUGAUUUUUGUUGGGGCUUCGUCUUUGACAAAUGAAAAUGAGGAUUCCUCAGGAGAAGAAGCCAUUAUCGCCAUGUCACCAGAGAGAUCCGAUGAGGAGGUGGCUGGAACUGAAUAUCCUAAAGAGGAAGGGUAUGGCAAGAAUGUAUUGUGCAACAUCUGUAAAAAGAAUAUGGAUCAGAAAAUACAGCGUAAUGAAUCCAAGAAAGGUUUAGCAAAGCAAGCAAAGAAAAUGUUAGCAGUUUCUAAUGCAAAGCACCCAAAUGUCGAUGAAGGUGUCACUAUUAACAAAUACCUGAGAAAGGCACAUUUUACGACAGCAUCACAUGAGGAUAUUUCCUUUACUGAUUAUGGAGAUGUACCAGGACAUUAUGAUAUUAUAAACUGGAUCCCAACAGACAUCCCAGAGAGACUAGAUCCUAAUAAAAUUGGAAGCUUUAACUCCUUAGGUCCUGUGGGAAAACAGCUUAAUGUCAAUGACAGUGCGAUCAUUUGGAGCCCUAAAUUCAAAACAAUGCCCACAUCAGUUUGUAAUGAAAUCUGUGCCCAUGGAUACAGAAAGGUUCCUUGGAAGGAAUAUCCUGCCUGCUGCUAUGGUUGUGUGCCGUGUGCAGAGGGAGAGAUCUCUAACACAACAGAUGCUGAAACCUGUAUAAAAUGUCUCAAAGAUCAAUGGCCCAAUGAUAAGAGAACUAUGUGCAUCAGAAAGACUGUUGAAUUCCUUUCAUUUGAGGACACAUUAGGAAUUGCCCUUACUUCAGUCUCCAUCUUUUCUUGUAGUGUCACAAUUGCUGUUCUUGUAAUUUUCUUUAUGCAUCACACAACUCCUUUAGUAAAAGCCAACAACCAGAACCUCAGCUACACCCUCCUCCUCUCCCUCAUGUUGUCCUUCCUCUGCUCCUUACUGUUCAUUGGACGUCCUGUGGAGAUGAUCUGCCUACUCAGACAGUCUGCCUUUGGAAUAAUUUUUACUGUUUCUGUCUCUUCAGUCCUGGCAAAAUCAGUCACUGUUGUAAUUGCCUUCAAUGCCACCAAACCUGAGAGCAAAAUAAAGAAGUGGGUGGGAUCCCGAGUGUCCAUCCGUCUGGUCCUUGUCUGCUCUCUAGGUCAGACUAUGAUCUGCACGCUGUGGUUGGCUUUCUACCCACCAUAUCCAGACUAUGACACUCAGUCUUACAUUAGGAAAAUGAUAUUACAAUGUAAUGAGGGUUCGGUCACUGCAUUUUACCUUGUGAUAGGCUACAUAGGAUUCCUUUCGGUGGUCAGUUUUUUUGUGGCUUUCCUGGUUAGAAAUUUACCCUCCAGUUUCAAUGAGGCCCAGAUGAUCACAUUCAGCAUGCUGGUGUUCUGCAGUGUUUGGAUCUCUUUCAUCCCAACGCAUCUUAGCACCAAGGGCAAAUACAUGGUAGCUGUAGAAAUAUUUGCAAUGCUGGCUUCUAGUGCAGGGCUGCUGGGCUGUAUAUUCAUUCCCAAGUGCUACAUUAUAUUAUUUAAACCUGAAUUUAACACCAGGAUGCAUGUCCUAUGUGAUUGUAUGGAAUGUGAAGUGAAGGAAGUAGAAGACUGGAACAUCUUUAUGGAUCUAUUACCCAAAACAUAA